AUAGCUCUCAACAACAGGUUCCAAACUUUACAAGACAUACUGGAGGAUAAUACUACUAUGGAGGACAAUUGGAAAGGGAUCAAAGAAGCACUAACUUCAACGUGUCAGAAGGUACUGGGCCUCAAUAAGCAUCAUCAUAAAUAAUGGAUCUCCAUAGAAACCCUUGACAGGACUCAAGAAAGGAAAAGGACAACAAUUAACAACAGCCGAACAAGAACAGUCAAGGCACAAGCUGAUAUACAGAAGCAAACAAGCAAGGAAGGAAUAGCAUUAGAGUUGACAAGCAGGCAGCGGGAAAAGCUGCAAGAGAAGAAAAUAUGAAUCAACUAUAUGAUACGACGAAGAAACUGGCAGGGAAAUAUAGUAAACCAAAGCGAUCAAUCAAGGACAAAAUGGGUAAGCCAGUCACUGAAAUUUAGGGUCAGAUGAACAGAUAGUUGGAACACUUCGAGGAACUCUUAAAUAGACCAGUUCCAUUGAAUCCACUGGAAGUCGGAGCAGCACACACAGACCUUCCUAUAGAUAUCACUCCACCAACGAUGGAGGAAAUCGGGAUGACCGACCAUCAGACAAAUCUAGAGUGGAAAAGCAGCAGAACCUGACAACAUACCAGCCAAAGCACUUAAGUUAGACAUAGAAGUAACUGCAAAUAUGCUCCAUAUUAUAUUCAGAAAGAUUUUGGAGGAAGAAAAAGCGCCGACAGACUGAAAAGAAGGAUAACUCAUCAUGAUACCAGAGGAAGGAGAUCAGAGCAAAUAUGAGAAAUACAGAGGCAUCACACUACUAUCGGUACCAGAAAAGUUUUUAACAGAGUGUUGCUGAACUGGAUGAAAAAUUCAGUAGACGUCCAGCUUCGAUAUCAACAGUCCGGAUUCCGUAGGAUCAGUCGUGCACAGACCGAAUAGCGACAAUACGGAUUACUGUUGAGCAAUCAAUUGAAUGGAGUUCGUCACUAUAUAUCAGCUCCAUUGACUAUGAGAGAAUAUUUGACAAUGUGGAUAAGAGAGCCUUAUGGGACCUUCAACACUAUGAAGUAAGUAGCUGAGAAGAUCGUCAACAGCAUCCGGAAUCCAUACGAUGGACUACAUUGCAAAGUGGCGCAUGGAGAACAGCUGACAGAUACAUUCCAAGUGAGGACCGGAGUUAGACAGGCUGGUUACUCACCCCUUUUCUUCUUUUUUUGGCGGUUGACUGGAUUAUGAAGAACUCAACAUCUGAGGGAAAGCACGGAAUAAAAUGAACAGUUUGGAAUCAAUUAGAAGAUUUGGACUUCACAGAUGACCUGGCCUUUCUAUCCCAAACACGAAUAAAUGCAAAUGAAGGUAACUAGUGUAGCAUCAGUAGGCCUAAACAUACACGAGGGAGAAAGCAAGAUCCUCAAGUACAACACGGCAAACACCGACACAAUCACCCGAUGGAAAAGCCCUGGAAGAUGUGGAAACAUUCUCUUACAUGGUUAACAUCAUCGAUGAACAAAGAGGAUCGAAUGCAGACGUAAAAGCAAAGAUCAGCAAAGCAAAGACGGUAUUCAAAUGGUUGAAGAACAUAUAGAACCCCAAACAAUUGUAUGCAAUCCAAUAUCAAAGUCAGAAUCUUCAAUACGAACGUCAAGACAGUUCUUUUGGAGAAUUAUCACAAACAUAAUCAAAAAGGUGCAAGUUUUUCUAAACAAUUGUCUACGUAAGAAACUCAAUGUUCGUUGGCCGGAUACCAUCAGCAACAACCUACUGUGGGAGAGAACAAACCAACUUCCAACUGAAGAGGAAAUUAGGAAAGGACUCUGGAAGUGAAAAGGACAAACAUUGAGGAAAUCAUAAAACUGCAUCACGAGGCAAGCAAUAACUUGGAAUCCUUAAGGGAAACUGAAAAGAGGAAUACAAAGGAACACACUGAUCGAAAAUUGGAAGCAAACGUGAAGAGGAAAAAUUUGAAAGGAUUGCCCAGGACAGACGGCUGAAAAAUGCUAGUGAGCGGCCUAUGCUCCUUCACGUGAGGUAACAGGCAUGUGUUCCAUUUCUGUCAAUAUUUCGUAAUGUCAGUGAGAACAAAUGAGGAAACAUUGUAUUAAAAGUAAAAAUGGUGGAUUGAUUUCCUAUAAAAAAUCUAAAGCAAAGGAGUUAGUUAAUAACGCCAACAAAAUAUCUUGUUUAAUAAAGGAACUCAAUAUAUCAUUAGAAAUUCCUGAUUAUCUAAAUGUAAAUAAUGCUAUCACUGUUGAAUGUAUAAAAGCAUCUAAAGCUGAUGUAGCAAUUAUUGACGAAUUAAUGCAACUACUUCAAGAAAAUAUGCAAAGUUUGUAUAUUUUAUCAUCAUGGGGUUGGAAUACAGAAGCUAAACGAGCUGAAGCAUUUUCAUCAAAAUCUUGGUUAAUUAUUUGUCGUUGUCAAACUUCUGAUAUUCAAUCCAUAGCUGGAUUUGUUAGUUUUCGGUUUGAAUGUGAAGAAGAACAUCCUGUGUUAUAUUGUUAUGAAAUCCAAUUAUACCCACAAUUUCGUCAUUUACAUGUUGGAACAUUUUUAAUGAAUAUAUUAUUAUCUAUUUCAUUGGCAUUGAAUAUGCAUCGUGUCAUGUUGACAGUGUUCAAGUCGAAUAAAAGUGCUAUUAAGUUUUUUGAGAAACUAGGAUUUGAAACUGACGAAACAGAUCCUUCUAUGUUCAAAGGAGUUAAAACUGUUGACUAUAGAAUUCUGUCCAAAUUAACUAUUAAAUGAAAUUUGAAUUCUGGAAGUCAAGUUGUUACAUAUUUACAGACUUGAACUAUAAAUCUUUAGAAAGUCAUUUUAUAUGUAUUUUUAUUGCUCAGUUUAAAAUACAAUCACAAACUGUUGUUA